UGCUUUCUCUCUGCACUCAUUUAUAUUUUAAUUACUGUUCCUACUUGGAUUGUCUGCAACAAGUUCUCACAAUGUGCACGUUUUGCAGCUUCAAAUGCUGCUUCGUUUUCUUCAAUUUGCUUUUUUUGGCAUCAGGGGUCACUCUCAUCGGUGUCGGAGCGCAGCAAUACUCGACUUACCAACAGAUGGGAGCGUUUGCAGGACAGAGCCUGUCAAAAAUUGCCAUAGUCCUGAUUACAGUGGGUGUCAUCAUCACCCUGGUCUCCCUCUUGGGCCAUUUGGGGUCGUUCUUUAAUGAUUACAACAUGGUGUCUUGUUUCAUCUGCAUCCUGAUCGUCAUCAUCCUUCUGCAGAUAAUCACAGGGGCUGUGUUUUACGUGUUCCGCAGCAGGACCCUCGUCCUAAAAGGUGUGAAAGGUGCUUUGGACUACGACAGCAAAGCACGAAAGGUGAUCAGUGAAUACAGCCCGGAGAAGAGACAUGAUAUCGACAAACUUCAGGAAAAGUUCAGGUGCUGUGGUGCAGACGGCCCCGAGGACUGGGCCAGCAGCACGGGCUGGGGGAACCCUGAUGCGGUGCCAGAUUCCUGCUGCGUGGUGAAGAGCCAGGGUUGUGGACAAGAAAAGGACAAAGCACGCAGCAAGGGUUGUCUCCGAGCCAUCAAGCUCUUUCUGUUGAAAAACCUGAUGUGGGUCGGAGCGCUCUGCAUUGUUCUCGGACUUGCAGAGGUUAUGGGAGUGAUAAUCGGGGUGUGCUUCUGUCUGAACAUUAAACGAAAAAACUAUGAAAACAUGGGCUGAUGCGUCAUUGUGGCCGAGCACAACCGGCUUCCCACAUCAGCGACAUUUUUGCUAUAUUUUAUUUGCUUUUCCAGUCUUUUCUUUCUAAAAUGUGACAUGAAGAUUAAACAUGUAGUCACUGAUAUGUUUGAACAUAACUGAAAGGUACCUUGUUGCUACUUUAAUGCUUGCCAGCUGUGACUAUCCUAACAAGUUAUCAUGGAAAUAUUUUGGCUUAUGCUAUUUGAAACACAAUGAUCU